AUAAACGGGAGAAACGGGACAAGUGUGUUGUGUACCCGUGCACCCGGGCAGAUGAUAUUCGGGUGCCUUAGUCGUCGCGAUCGUUAUAGCCGUCGUAGCAUUAUAUAAAUAUAUUGUCUACGCGGCGUCGCGCCGACGUUUCCUGCCCCUUUAUUAAUAGCAAACGGGAUUAAGGGAGCGGGAGCAACUCGUCGUCGCUAAUAUAACACAAACAGAUCGGCACCCGAUCGUUCGGUUGUCUGCCUGGCCUGGCUAGACAUUUGCAAACUAUUUUCGUUUCGGUGGAUCUAUUUUCUUAGUUCGUUCGCCAGUGUCGUGUUCAAUAGAACCAAUAGGUGUGAUGUGCCAUAGUCAAAUUCAAAUUUACACUCGAUUCAGUUUUCAAAUCAGUUUCUCCGUGUUCUUGUUCUAUAAAUAUGGUUUAAAAUUACGCGAUAUUGUGUAAGUGUUAUAAUUAUCUUUCUAAUGACUGACAGACACUCCACCACAUCCACCACAUAUCGUGACCUGAAAAAAAUCACCAUCUUGUUUGGUUCGUUUCGUUCGUUUCGUUCGUUUCGUUUAUCCGCAAUGCGCAGUGACUAGCAAAAUCAAUGAUAAAUUCAGUAACUGGACUACGCCAGGAGCACGGGAACACGGCCGACAUCUAAACGUGUCAAAACGUCAGUAACGAGUAACGCGCAACAUCAUUAUACAGGAAGGAUCAAAGGUGAAAUCAAAGAGGUCUCAGGACUCAGUGGUGUACUAGUUGGUGGUGGUGGAGUUGUUUCGGUUAUUUGGUUAUGGGAGACGGCAGCAUGUUUAGUGCCGCUGGACGGUGACGGUGACGGACUUGAGGAAUGUUCAUCCCCGACACGUUGCGCAGCUGCAUGGUGGAGCCUGAUGUGUCCUCGUACCUCCAGACGCCGUCCUCGGGACAGGACGAGUUCCACCCGUUCAUUGAGGCUCUACUGCCUUUUGUCAAGUCUUUCUCGUACACCUGGUUUAACCUGCAAGCAGCUAAAAGAAAAUACUACAAGAAACACGAAAAACGGAUGUCACUGGAGGAGGAGCGACAGUGCAAGGAAGCUUUACAGAAUGAAAAGGCUGAGGUUAAGCAAAAGUGGGCAUCUCGUUUACUCGGUAAAUUACGGAAGGACAUCACACAGGAGUGCAGAGAGGACUUCGUGCUUAGCAUAACAGGAAAACGACCUGCAGUAUGUGUUUUGUCCAAUCCUGAUCAAAAAGGAAAAAUGCGUAGAAUAGACUGUUUAAGACAAGCUGACAAAGUCUGGCGACUAGAUCUCGUUAUGGUGAUAUUAUUUAAGGCAAUACCACUUGAAAGUACUGAUGGUGAACGACUAGAGAAGAAUCCAGAUUGUUCUCAACCUGGUUUAUGUGUUAAUCCAUAUCAUAUUAAUGUUUCCGUUAGAGAACUGGAUCUCUAUCUAGCUAAUUUCAUCAAUAGUCACGAAAUUUUAAGUGGCGUUUGUUAUAACAAUAAUAAUAAUAAAAAAGAAGAUGAAAGGAAAAGCAAAGUUGCAGGAUACACCCACAAUCCUUACAAUGGGGUAAUAUGUAAUGACAUAAUAUUAGCGACAGGAGUAUUUUCGUCAAAGGAGUUGUGGAAGUUAUCGAAAUCCUCAAUAUUACAUGAAUUGUCGGAUUCCCAACCAAAUAUGAAUAAUGUAAAAUUAGAACAACCUGCAUACUACUGUAACAAUUAUUCAGAACAAGGACAUGUAAUAGACAACAGAUCGACCUCUGUUGAUACAAUGGUCGUAUCGGCAACUUAUUCAAUUCCCCAGAAUACAAGUUUGGUAUCUUCUAGUUCACAAGUUAGUCCAAGUUCACUAUUUUAUCAACAUAGUCCAGAAACUCAACAUCACCAUCAAAACGCAGUAAAAUACCCAGAAAAUGGUCAUGACACGCUUUCUGAUUUUGUAACCUUCGUUUGCCAAGAAACCGACAGUAAUCAAAACGCACAGAUUCAAUCAAAUUUAUCUCGAAGUCCAAAAUCGCAAUACUUCCCUACGAUGCUUCCGCCGCCACCUUUACCUCCAAUGGCUCGUCCGGUCGCUAUUAUCCGUUCAACUGGGGAUGUGACAAUGAGUGGGACCAAUUCACCGCCAGCGAGUAUCACGCCGCCAUGCAGCGAAACAUCAACGGCAGACGAAGUACCUGAAAUCAGCUCUUCACCACCACAAAGUCCCGGAAGUCACGACCGAAGGAAAUCUCCAUCACAGAGACAUUCAGUGCCCAGUAGUAGUCCAUAUUCGCCAAGUAGAGACUACUCAUUUAACCAUUUUCAUGGUCAACCGGGACAUCUUUUCGGUUAUCCAAAUGUGACAGCGAUGUCUGGCGUUAUCAGCCCUACAAAUCUGAGUAUGUAUUCUCCAACUGUCAACACGCCGAGAGGUACUCCACGUUCCAAUAGCAUACCUAGGUGGGGAACGUCGCUUUUGACACUAGAUCAAGAUGAUUUCAUGAUUUCUCAUCCACCAAGUGCCGAAUCCAAUACAAUUAUCCUCAUGGAUGACUCAACAACAGCGUCAGUGGCUCCCUCGUCUGAAAACGCUGGACCAUGUUGUAAUAGUGCAAACUUAAUGUGUGAUGCUGAUAGAUUUUUUCAAGCAGGUGACCCUUUAGAAAAUACUUCGAAUCGGGAAUCAGAUCAAUUACCUGCUCAAAAGUCGCCGUAAUUUUUUCCGAAAACCUAUAUAAAGCAACAAAAAACUGCCUUAACUAUCAUUAAUGCAGCUUUCUUGUCAAUUUACGUGUGAUGUUAUGUUGGAUUUUGAUAGGUUAAUGCGUACCUUGGUACGGUAGAAACUGCUCAAGUAGAUAGAAAUAAACUUAAAACAUUCAUACAAAAUAUAAUGUAUAAUAAAUAGUUGACGGUAUCAUGAAGAUAAUUAUUACAUUUAUAAAAUAUAAAGUAAAUUGAUUAUUGAAUUGAACUACUAACCGCGAACAAUGUACACUUGGGUUUUGGGCUUUGGGCUUUGGCCUUUGGCCUUUGGGAUAGAAAUGCAUGUAAAAAUUAUCUUCAAACUUAUUAUUAUUAGAAUAUGUAAAUUUUGGUAAAUGUUUUAUUUCUUGCCGUAUGUACCUUAACUAAAAGUAGACUAUAGUGAUCAGUGCCAAGAAGGCUGUGCGAAAGGUCCGAUUAAAUAAAUGUGACUUCGUUAUCUACAUCGACACAUUCAGAUAAUGAUGGGUACAUUUAAAUUUCGGAUUACAACAGUAACGUUAGUUUCAAUUCCGUUCCUAAGUUGGGUAGACUAUCCAGCGGUGCUUGUCUUCCACAAAAGUGCUUGUUGCGUAAACAAGCAAAGAGCUGGGUUUGUGCCUUAGUAUUACAAUAAUAUUGAUAAUGUAGCCUAGUUAUAAAAGGACAAAGGAGCUUUCUCACGCUAGCUCAAUAACAUAAUGUGAGUUGCCAGCUGCACCAACACUUAUGCUAUUUAUUUAUUUAUUUAUAUACAUUGUACAAAACUAGAAUCACACGGUAUAUACAUCUCUCCAUAUAUCUCAAUUCAGUUCAAUUCAAUUCAAUUCAAUUCAAUUCAAUUCAAUUCAAUUCAAUUCAAUUCAAUUCAAUUCAAUUCAAUUCAAUUCAAUUCAAUUCAAUUCAAUUCAAUUCAAUUCAAUUCAAUUCAAUUCAAUUCAAUUCAAUUCAAAUUCAAAUUCAAUUCGAUUCAAUUCAAAUUCAAAUUCAAUUCGAUUCAAUUCAAUUCAAAUUCAAUUCGAUUAAAAUUCAAUUCAUUUCGAUUUGUAUAUUGUAUCUAAUUAAUUAAUUAAUUAACUAAUUAAUUAAUACUGUUUAAUGGGUACAUCUGAAGUCGUAGGCAUAGGCUAAUUAAAUGCCCAUAAACACAAAAUUAUAACAUAGUUCAACUAACACAACUUCAUUAAAAAUAUUGUAAAAGAUAUUUACAGGGUAAUAGGGUUUCAAUACAAAUCUUAUUAUGUAUUGUAUUUUUUAAAUAAAUAAACAAAUUUUUGGCAAGACUCUUUAUAGCGCUAGAUUUAAAUUUGCCAAUUGAAGUGCCUUUUUAAAUUACCUAUUAUAAAAAUAAUAAAAUGACAAAUGUUUAUAGUAAAAUAUUUUAAAAAUUGAAAAGCAUAUUUACAUGUAGCUCUUUGAAAAGAAUCCAAACACAUUUGUUUAUUUAUUAUGAUUACAACAAAAGAAACAUUUUAAAAGAAAAUUAGACAAGUCACCUAGGUAGGCACUAAAAUUUCGAUACAGUUGUGUUGUGUCAACGACUUUGAUGCAUAUUCAUUUCCAGAAAACUCUCGAGAUAUUUUACAAAAUUGUGUUCAUAAUGUAUACUAUGUUUUUAUUGUGGACAUAUAUAAUCAUAUGAUUAUUAAUUAACCUUUAUUAUUAGUUUUUUUAAUCAAAUCAAUUAUUAUUAACUAAAAAUAAUUUGCAUCCAAAUAUAUUAUUAUUUACUAAAAUUAAAUAAAAUAUCUCUUGAGACAAUUUGUAACAUACAGUUACAGCACAGUGUACAGUUAAUUCCAGUUUCAUCUAUCUAUUCAAAUUAAACAUAAUAUGUAAGCCAUCGAAAUUUUAGUUUUGUUAAUAAGUGACGAUCAUUUUAAUAUCAGUUACCAGAUAUUUUAUUUUAUUUUAUUAAAUUUCUUACGUCGAAAAACUAUUAGUAAAUAUAUGUAUCUCAGAUGAGUGCUUAGAUUUUAGUGUAAAAUGAAAAAAUGAGAAAGAUAAACAACAACAACAACAACAAUAAUGUCGGAUCGCGUUACUACAGAGAAGAGAUACAUGUUCAUACUGCAUAACAUUUGCGUUUAUUUUCAUUUGGACAAUUAUGUUUUAGUUAACUAAUUACGUAUAUAGAGGAAAUUUCUUGAUCAAACUGCCUAGAUUCAGUAUUAAACUUGACAUUCCUUUAUUAAUAAUAAACGACAAUAACAUUUAGAAGAUAUUUCUAAAUUAUUCUAAAAUUUAAAUACAUGAAAGCAAUUAAAUAUUAUAUACGCUUAUUCUUAAAUUUUAGGAAGGAAAAUAUUGUGCUUAGACUAAAGAACUGAUGCAUUAAAAUGUUUUAAUUAGAAAUUAGAGGCGUUUUAGUAAUAUUUAAGUAUAUUUACCUAUAAGUGUUACGUAAUAUAUAUAUGAUACUUAACAAACUAUAUAUACUUAAUAAAAAACUAAAUGUACAGGGUGUUAGAGGUAUUUGUUGAGAUGUUUGUACCGUAGAAAUUUAAAUAUUGGUGUAAAGUCGUCUGUGAUUGAAUAUCUUUAAACAGCCACAGUCGAAAAAUGGAACUAAAAUAGGUCAGUAAGGUCCUCAGGUUCAGUUGAUCCAAUUUUUUCCAUUCAUACAUACUAUUCUAGUCACUUAAAAAUCAUAGUGACUUUGACUGAUGUACCUACUCCCUCCGCUCCUAUAAGGACACAUUUUGCUCUGCUGGACACUCUGUAUAUUUGUUUAAACCCUAUCGCUUCCCAAAUUAAUACAAGUUAAUAGAUUUUGGAAUACUUACGAAUCUUGCGAGACGAGAUUUCAUUAUUUUAAUUAGAAGUUUAAUACUAAAAUCUUGAACGUGCAUCAUAUUUAAUUAAUGAUAAUUAAAACUCUAUAACUUGGUCCAAUUUAGAGUUUUAAUAAUAUUUAUUAUAUAUAUAGUUCGGCGCGAAAAUGAUAACUAAUAUUCUAUUUUAAUUUAUAUAUACGCUUAGUUAACUGAAUAUGAAUGGAUUAAAUAUGAUGCAUCUCCAAUUACUGUUGAAUUAGAUUAGGUAAUAUGACAAUAAUUUUUACUAACUUUUAUACAUAAUUUUGUGCUAUGUUUCUUAUAUGUUAUCGUAUAAAAUAUUUUUUGUACAAAAAAGUGUGAUAUAUUACUUUAUAAUGUUUAGUAUUAAUUUGUUGCUAAUGUUAUAUUAAAAAUAUAAAAGUAAAACAUAUUUUAGUAUAUUAUACUUCAAGAAAAGAAUACUGAUCUAUUGACUUGGUAUUAUAGAUAUUUAAUAUUCAGUUAUAUUAUAAAUAAAUAAUGAAAAACUGUUUUCUACUCAUAGACUUAUAGAAACAGGUGAUAUUUAUUCAGUGCCAUGAUAUUGUUGAUUCAAUUGUUAAACGAGUUUAUACGAAAAGUAGUUAUCAUUAUUAUUAUUACAGGAACACAUAAAGCUUAACAAUUAAUGUUUAAUUUUAAGAAUUAAAUCAGAGGGUUUAUUUAAUUA